AUUUAACUGCAUUAGCUAGGUAGCUUGUCAGUGACAGGGUGAUGUGAUAACGACACAAUAAUUUAUUUUUACGAAUGGUUGUAAAUAUUGAGCGGAGCAGUUUAAGAAUAAACGACGGCAUUCGGCUAACAAAAUAUGAACCGACGUUAUACUACAGAACGUCCAAAAGCUGCUCACCGCGUCUUCCCCGGCUCCGUUGUAUAGAGCUACAAUAGGCUAGCUAAUUAGCCUGCCUAGAGGUUGGCUAACUGUUUUAGCUCCAAAGCUAGCUAGCUAAGUAGUAACCUUAUUGUUUUUGUGCGCGCCAGACCACACAGCACCUUUACUCUGUUUGUAAAGCUGCAGUCGGCCACCUGUGUCGGAACACGACCUGUGGGAAGUUGAAAUUGUCCGUUUCUUUCAAUUGCAUGAGCGGAGCGCGUACUGACAAGCCAGAGAGCCCUGCACCUAAUUACCGCUCCCACCACCCACCAGGGCUGUGACUCGACCCGGGAACACUCGGCCGGUCGUUGAGUGUGUGUUUUUGAGUGUGUGCACGUAUCUGAGGGAGAGAGCGAGAGUGUGUGCACAAGUGUGUGUGGUGGGCCCAGGAUGCCACAGGAGUAGCAGCCAAAGGGCAGGUCCAUUGAGCUGCGGAAUCCGCCUGGUCCUUUCUCUUGUUAUGGAAUGCCUGUGCCCUGCCCCCUGGCCCCCCUGCCCUCUGUAGGAUCCUUCCUCUGUCACCCCCUGGCACCGGACACUGGCACUGCACCCAGCCGACCGCUUCCUGACUAUCCCCGGCCCCUGUGGGUUUUUGGUGCCCGUGUUCCCGCCUCCUCCUCUCCCCGGGGAAGAUGUCUCUGAGCAUCGGGCCGGACAUCCAGCAGGAGGGGGAGAGCGGCCCGCUCGAUGACACGGGGGCGAGUAGCAAGUGCAAGGCCAGCGCCCAGCUGCCCCAGCAGGGCAAAGAGGGCGGAGGAGAUGCCCCUGAGCCCGAGGACCUUCAGCAGGACUCCCAGAGGCGAUCCCAGAACCACGGCCAUGGGAGGAAGAGAGCGAAGUCCAAUGCCAAGCUGAAGCUGGUGCGUAGUCUGGCGGUGUGUGAGGAGUCCUCAGGUCCAUUUUCAGCUGAUGGACCCCCAGAGACUCAGGAUAUCAUUCAGCUGCAUAUCAGCUGCCCUUCAGACAAAGAGGAGGAGAAGUCCUCCAAAGACGAGUAUGAGAAUGAAGAGAAGGAGAAGAAAGACAAGAGCAUGCGGAAGAACCUCUCCCGUGACUCCAGUCAAGAGUACACUGACUCCACUGGUAUCGAUGUGCACGAGUUCUUGGUCAACACACUGAAAAACAACCCCAGGGAUCGAAUGAUGCUGCUCAAACUGGAACAAGAUAUCCUGGAGUUCAUUAAUGACGACAAUAACCAGUACAAGAAGUUUCCUCAGAUGACCUCCUACCAUCGCAUGCUGCUGCACAGGGUGGCCGCAUACUUCGGCAUGGACCACAACGUGGACCAGACCGGCAAGGCCGUCAUCAUCAACAAGACUGGCAACACACGCAUCCCUGAGCAAAGGUUCUCUGAACACAUAAAGGACGAGAGGAACAUGGAUUUCCAGAAGAAGUUCAUCCUGAAAAGGGAUGAUGCCAGCAUGGACAAGGACGAUAAUCAGAUCCGUGUGCCGUUGCAGGACGGCCGGCGCAGCAAGUCCAUCGAGGAGCGAGAGGAGGAAUACCAGCGGGUACGAGACCGGAUCUUUGCCCGUGAGUCCUCUCAAAAUGGAUACAUCAACGACAACAGAGGGAACCGUGAGAGCUCGAGCAGGGCGUCGAGCAGCAGGCAGAGCAGCACGGACAGCGACAUGAAGUGUCUGGAGCCGCGGCCGUGGAGCAGCACCGACUCGGACAGCUCCAACCGCACGCUGCGCCCGCCCGUCACCAAGGCCAGCAGCUUCUCGGGCAUCUCCAUCCUGACGCGCGGCGACAGUCUGGGCAGCGCCAAGGGCUCCCAGGGCAGUGCCAGGGGCUCCCGCAACGCUCUCCCCCCGGCCACCAUGGAUGUGUGCCCCCCAGCGCCCGCGCCACAGCCGGGCCGCAGCCUGCUGCCGUGCCCGUCCAACCCGCCUCAGCAGCAGAGCCAGCCGCCCCCUCCCCCUCCCCAGCAGGCCCUGCUGCCCACACCCACCCAGCACCCCAUGGGCAACCACAUGAUGGGCCAGCCGGUGGGUGCUCUGCAGCCCUCUCCACAGCCUGUCUCCUACUCCAGCCCUUCCUGUCCCCAGGUCCUCCUGCCCGUCUCUCCUCCCCAGCAGUACAACAUGGGUGACGAGCUGACCCCUCAGUUUGGCCAGAUGACCCUAAGCCGCCAGGGCUCCAGUGAGAACCCAGAUGGGCCGCCCAUGUACCAGACGGCUCCGGCCGUCCUCUCCCAGCACCCGCCGCCCCAGACCAGCUACAUCAUGGCCGCCCCAGCAGGCCAGCCCAUGGCCCCUCCCUCCGGCUACCAGCCCAGCGGCGCGCACUCCCACCCGCCACCUCCCCCACCUCCGCCCGCUCAGCCCGUCAUGCAGGCCCCGCCUCCCCCGCAGGGCUACAUGCAGGCCCCGCCCCCCCAGCAGAUCCAGGUGUCGUACUACCCUCCAGGCCAGUACACCAGCUCAGGCCAGCAGUACAGGCCCAUGUCUCACCAGGUGUCUUACCCCCAACAGCGUGCUCAGCCCAUGCCUCAGCCGGCACAGCAGUCUGCUGGUAUCCAGACUAUGAUGCCCAGUCAACAGCCAGCCUACCAGAGCAUGAUGGGAGUGCAGCAGCCUCAGAACCCCGGCAUGAUGAACUCCCAGAGGACGAGCAUGGGAGGCCAGAUGCAGGGCCAAAUGCAGGGCCAAAUGCAGGGCCAAAUGCAGGGCCAAAUCCAGGGCCAGAUGCAGGGCCAAAUGCAGGGCCAAAUGCAGGGCCAAAUGCAGGGCCAAAUGCAGGGCCAAAUGCAGGGCAUGAUGGUCCAGUAUCCGCCAAUGCCCUCCUAUCAGGUGCCCGUGGCCAAUGAGAGCCAGCCAGUGGUGCAGCAGCAGUACCAGCAGCCAGUGAUGGUUCCUGCCACUCAGUCGGUGCAGGGGCCCAUGCCAGGCACGGCCAUGCCAGUCUACUACAGCGUCCUCACGCCCACUCAACAGAACAGCACAAGUCCGUCAGUGGGCUAUCUGCAGGCGCCCAGCUCUGAGCAGUACCAGAUCACCCAGUCCCCUGCGCCCUGCAACCCCCAGCAAAUGCAGCAGCAAUAUUCAGGUGUACCACCUCCUGGUCCUGGGGUCAUGGUGAUGCAACUGAGUGUUCCAAAUGGACCCCAGCCCGCCCAGAAUCCCCCCAUGGUCCAGUGGAACCCCUGCAAGUACUACAGCCUGGAGCAAAGACCCAGCAAGCCUGGGGAGCUCUACAAGCCUGACACCAGUCCACAGGCCAGUAAUCAGCUGGGCAGCCCGCUGGCCUCGCCCACCCAGUCCCCCACCCCGUCCCCCUCGGGCAGCGUCAGCAGCGUGUGCCCAGGCCUCGGCCCUCUGCCCCUCAUCUCCCAGUUCUCUCGGCCCGGAGGACCCGCACAAGGCGAUGGGCGCUACUCUCUGCUGGGUCAGCCACUGCAGUACAGCCUGUGCCCCCCGCCCCUCAUGCACAACCAGUCCUCCUACAGCUCCCAUCAGGGCCCAGGGGUCAUGAAGCACGGAGCACGAGGCAAAAAACAGACCCUCAAGUCUGCUUCCACAGACCUGGGUACCACUGAUGUUGUGGUGAGCCGGGUGCUGGAGGUGACGGACCUCCCCGAGGGGAUCUCCCGCCUGGAGGCCGAGAAGCUCUUCAACCAGCUCUCCCUGUGCGGUGCCAAGAUCCAGUGGCUCAAGGACGCGCACGGCGGCCCGGGCCAACAACAACACCAUCAUCAUCAUCAUCAACAUCUUCAGCACCAACAGCAGCAGCAUCAGCAGCAGCAGCGGGGAGGUCCGGCAGCGGGCCCGUGCGGUCCGAGCCCCGGGUGCCCCUCCGGGUCCGGGCUGGUCGGCGCCAGGGGCAAGGGGGACGCCAACGAUCCGGCGCACCUCUAACACGGUGGUGGCCGUGUUCCCCAGCACCAUGGCCGCCCAGAGCGCCUCCUUCAAACUCAACAACAGCGGGGGCGGCCUGUUCAAGCUACGCGCCGCCAAAAAGAACUAUGACCUGCGCGUGCUGGAGCGAGCCAGCUCCCAGUGAACACACACACACACACACACAGAGAGAGAGAGAGAGAGAGAGAGAGAGAGAGAGAGCAUGAAAGAGUGAGAGAGAGACUUGGGAAGGGUGGUCAGAGAGAACUGUUGUUUGUUUUUUUUCAGAGGGAAAAGGAUACGGGACGAGAGGAGCUCAAAGGGACAAACUGAUGAAUUAAAACACGACAAAUCUCUUUUUUUUACGUUUGGGGUCUCCUUCGCCCUCUAUUUUUUUUUCCCUUUUCUUUUUUGGAAUCGUUACCUGAAGAGCACACAAGACACGUGAGCAUGUGUAUCUGUGGCCAUGUACUGUACAGUACACACACACACUCACACACUCACACACUCACACACUCACACAUAAACACACACACGCACACACACACACACACACACACACGUCAGGCAGCAUGUCCCGUAGCACAUAUGGACACACUGGACAGCAGAACCUCAACUAAUCCCCCCCCCCCCCUCCCUUUCUGUCUCCAGGCCAAGUUCUCCUUUUGUCCCUGACUCCUGGCUUCUCUCCCGGCCCCCCUGUCCUUCUCUCUCUACACACAUAGCCAACUCUAUUGUUUAGCACUGUCAGUAUCCACGUUCUGUUCUGAUCUUCUCCCACUUUCCUCCCUACCUGACAACUCUCUACCGCCCUUUUUCUCACAUCUUCAUGCUUUUUUUCCUCUCUCUCUCACUCUCUCUCUCUUACUCUCUCUCUCUCUCUUUCUCUCUCCCCCACUCUAUCUUUCUUUCUCUCUCUCUCUCUUGUGCUUUGGAGUCUCAGAUCUCUCUCUCUCGCUUUCUGUUUGCCUUACUGCUGUUGUGGGUUUCUGUAUUGCGCUGUUUUGUUUGUUUGUUUUUUUUUCUCAGAAAAAUAUUGUUCUUUUUUUUUUUGGUUCGAUAUAUUUAUAUAAGUGAUGUAUGGAUUAUAAAAUUAUAUAUAUAUACAUAUAUAUAUACAGUGAUUUCUUUUUUUCAGUGGAUAAGUUAAAGAACCUCUUUUUAUCCUACCCUCCUCUCCUCCUACCCCCCCUGCCCCCCGCCCCCCCCCCUCCGCCGCCUCCACCUGUCCUCUGCAUUGUGAUUGCAUUUGUUUUGUUGACCGACGUGCGGGACGUAUCAGAGGAAGUAUUUAAAAAGUGCACAAUGAUUGCAAAUGUCUACUGUAAAUUCCAUUUAAUCUGUUAUUUUUGUUUGUUUUUAAAAAUAUAAAAUACAAGAAAAGA